CUCCCCCCCCUUUUUUCCCCUCUCUGUCCCCAAACCCCUGACAGACUGAGAAGGAUCUUCAGCAUCCCUGGAGAGUUACAUACGCAGUGAGAAGAUGACUCUGGCAGCCUACAAAGAGAAGGUCAAAGAGCUCCCCCUGGUGUCUCUGUUUUGCUCCUGCCUGAACCCACAGACUGUGGAAAAACCGACAUACAAGGCAGAAGAUGCGGUGGACCUGGGCUGGUGCGUCAUCAAGGACGUGGAGGUGAUUGAGCUGAAUAAGCGGGCAUCUGGCCAGGCUUUCGAGGUCAUCCUCAAGCCCCCAUCUUUUGAUGGCGUGCCAGAGCUCAACACCUCCAUGCCGCAGCGCCGCGACCCGUCCCUGGAGGAGAUCCAGAAGAAGCUGGAGGCUGCCGAGGAGAGGCGAAAGUGCCAGGAGGCCGAGAUGCUGAAGCACCUGGCGGAGAAGAGGGAGCAUGAGCGUGAGGUGAUCCAGAAGGCCUUUGAGGAGAACAACAACUUCAUCAAGCACGCCAAGGAGAAGCUGGAGCAGAAGAUGGAGGCCAACAAGGAGAACAGGGAGGCUCUGCUGGCCGCAAUGCUGGAGAGGCUGCAGGAGAAGGACAAACACGCGGAGGAAGUGAGGAAGAACAAGGAACUGAAGGAGGAAGCCUGCCGGUAG